AUGUGCCACGCGGCGACUUUGCCGUCGUUGACAGACUCGACGGUUGUUUCCGCGACACCAGCCACGUCACCGCCGCAAAACACCCCGGGUUCCGACGUCGACAUGUUGGUGUGGUCCACGACCGGCGUGCCCCAGAACUGCUCGGAUGUUGGUGAAUCCCUUGCGGAAAACGACGAAGACUCUCUUGGCGCCGCAUCGAAGAGCAGAAGUGGCGCAAUCAAAGGCCGUGUCCCCGGCUCCCAGGACAAUGACCCUGCCAUGGAAAAUGCUUUAUCAACUGACCAUGACAGUCAAAUCAUCUGUGGACAGACUCCUGCCAGUCUCAACAGUCACUCCAAGGUCCUUCAUCAAGGACUUGUCGUGGUUUCGCUUCCAAUGUUUCUUCUCGUGCUUCGUCGUCUUGCUCGGGACACAAUUCGCAAACUGCGACGUUUUCGGGUUCAGGACCAAGAGAUUCUAAAAGCUGACCUCGAUGUCCGGUGUAUGAUGGCUCAGCGACCCCUGUUCAGGCAUUUUGCUUCUCUGUCAAAUAAUAUCCAGGCUUCCAAUCAAUCCAAAAGGAAAGGAUUCGAUCAAUCCUUGAACAAUCCCCGAUCUUCACUCUUCACACGAGGCACAAACGGAGCUGAGAAACUCUGCGCCAGCAUGCAGCUGGAUCCGGGCUCAACAACACAUGCCCUCCGAAAACAACGAGCUGAGGAGGAGCGCAGGGUGAAAGCAGCAGCAGAAGCCGAGGAGUCCAAGGCCUGGGGCAUGGAUGAGCAGUUUGAAAAGAUGUUGGCUGCCAAAUUGGCUGCGGCUGAGAUUGCCAAUAUGAAACGCGCGAAUGCCCGUGCCAUAGAAGAAGAGAUUGAAGUGUUAUCAAGGCUCAUGGAAAUUGUUCGCAGCCGGGACCUGGAACCAGAUGAGAAGAAACUCAUCAAUGAGCUCCUUCAAGCCCCUGACGCGUACGAUGAUAAUGACCAUGCUUCGGACAAUAAGCGUUGAGAACUGAAGAUCUGACUACUGUAUAAUCAUGUGCCUUUAUUUCCUUCUUUUCCAGUUUUCUCUUGUCUUUGAAGAUUUCAUCUCACAUUCUCAUCUGAGAGUCAUCCAAGUAAUGCACAGAAAUGCAUCAUAAGACCCUGAUGAAGAAA